GAAUAUCUGGAACCUGGAAGCAUGAGGAGAGAGAUGUGUAACAAAAGAAAAUAUGUUUCUUGAGUGACAUUAAUUGUGAAAAUUUACUCAAUUAUUGACGGUGUUUUUAUUUAAAAAAACGAAUCUAUGAAUGCGAGUGCUUUCUGAGUAAAUUAGUGGACAUUUUAAUUGAUAAAAUCGUGAAUAUUAAAGAAAGAAUUCUCUUUGAUAGAAAGUUUAUCAAAAAUGGGUAUUACCGGUUUAAUUCCCUUUUUAAAUAAAGCAUCGAUAAAAUGUAAUAUUACUGAAUUCUCUGGUGGUACGGCAGCAAUUGAUGCUUAUUGCUGGCUGCACAAAGGAGCAUUUUCGUGUGCUGAUAAAUUAAUUAUGGGACAAUCUUCGGAUGCAUACGUUAAAUAUUGUAUGAAACUUGUUCAUAUGCUUAUUGCGGCCAAUGUGAAGCCAAUUUUAGUUUUUGAUGGUCGUCAUUUACCUGCGAAAGCAGAUACUGAAAGCAAAAGAAGAGAACAAAGGGAAGGCAAUAAACGAAAAGCUGCGGAAUUAAUGAGAAUGGGAAAGCACUAUGAGGGAAAGAAUCUCCUGAGGAGAUCAUUGGACAUAUCACACGAGAUGGCUUUAGAAGUUAUAAAACAAUGUCAGGCAGAGAAUGUUGACUGCAUCGUUGCACCUUAUGAGGCAGAUGCUCAAUUAGCUUAUUUAAAUAUUUCCGGAAUUGCCGAUGUUGUUAUUACGGAAGACAGUGACUUAACUUUAUUUGGUUGUACAAAGAUAUUCUUUAAAAUGGACAUUAAUGGCAAUGGAUUACUAGUGGAACAGGAUCGUAUUCAUUUAGCAAUGGGAGUUCGUGCUGAGCAUUUUGAUAUGGACAAAUUUCGUCACAUGUGUAUUCUCUCUGGCUGUGAUUAUUUGCCAUCUCUACCUGGAAUUGGAUUAUCAAAAGCAUGUAAAUUUAUUCUAAAAAACACCGACUGCGAUAUUUACAAUGCACUCACACGAUUAGCUUCACAUCUCAAUAUGAAAUCUUUGGUUGUGACAAAAGAAUACAGAGAUGGAUUUCUUCGUGCGCUUGUGACAUUUAAACAUCAAAUGGUUUUUUGUCCAAUAAAAAGACAACAAGUGAGACUUUAUCCACCACCACCACAUGUCACCGAUGAACAAUUACGACAUGCCGGCGUUGAAGUUGAGGAAGAAUUAGCCCUGCAACUUGCCCUGGGAAAUUAUGAUCCAUUUAAAUUGAGGAAAUUACACGAUUUUGAUCCUGAUAAUUUACCAAAGAGAAUACAUCGAACAAAUUCAUGGAGAGAUCCAAUUAUUCCAAAACACGCGAGUAUUUGGUCUGGAAAUUUCACAAAAAGAGAAAUCAAAUCACCUAAACAGAAAACAUUGAAUCCUUUCAUUCCUAACACUGCGGGUCAAGUGAUGACGUUGAAAACAACUAAAAUUGAAAAAACUACACCAAAAAAACGAAGUUUUGAGGAUGUAGAAGAAGACAUAGAUUAUAUAGCCAUGUACACUCAGGAAUGUAAGAAAAAAAGCGAAAUUAUCGAAACGAAGCCAAGUCCUGAAGAGGAAGACGAAGAGCAAGAGGACAAAAUUACAUCACCUGUUUUAAGUAGAAAAACGAGAAAUCCUUUCGCAAAAAGCGCGGAUGGUUUUUCGCCAAGUCUUCUAACUAGAACAAGAAGACGAACCAGACUCAAUAUUUUCACACCGACUGUAAUUGAUGGUACAGUUAUCGAACAAAGCAAAUUUUUCGCCAAAACAUCAACAUCUGACGAAUACGAAAUAAAAUCUGAAAUCACAAAUUCAAGUGAAAAUAAUGAAAUUCAGAAACAAAUGAAAAUCGAAGGCAAGGAGAAUAUAGAUGAAAAUCAUCAAAUUAUAAAUAAUGAGAAUGAAAACGAAGAGGAAGACGAAACAGAAAUUUUAAGGAAAUAUUCAAAAGAUCCCCCUCGACAAUUAAAUAUUAACAAUAAAGAAUUAUUGAGUGAUGAGAAAAAUUAUUUGCCAGUUGAUUCAGAAAAUCAAUCGUUUCCCGAAAACUUGGAGAAUGAUUGUCAAGAGAAUACGUUAGAUAAGAGUAUUGGUAUUUCGAGUAUAAAAAUUACUUCGGAAUUAGGUUCACAAAUGGAGGGACAAUCGUCAAAUUGUGUGAUGGAAACGGAAAGCAGUCUCUUCAUGGAUACUGGAGAAUUAUUAAAUGAUUUGGAAUCGCAAAGAUGUGCAAGUCCUGACUCGGAGUUUGAAUAUUCUGUUGAGGCCAGUAGUAUAGAAACUAUUAGGACCGGUUUAUUUCAAUGGUCAAAUACUAAAACUCUGGGAGUGAAGAAAAUGGCCAGUCUGCAUAGAAAUAAAGAGGAUCCUAAAAAUAAGAGAAGAUCACGAACUUCUUCUUCGACCGCUAGGAAAUCAACUUCUUCACAAGGUCAACAAAGUCUUUUGAAUAUGUUUGGAUUUCAAAAAAAGUAAAUCGAGUUUAAAACAUUAAGAAAACGAGAAGAGACUUAAAUUACAACGCAAAACUGCCACAAUUAUCAGGGUGUUAUAAUGCAUUAUUUUUCUAUUUGAAUCUUUAUUUUAUUUUUUUUACAAUGUUUUGUAAAUAUUAUAAAUAUUGAACUAGUUUUUGUAACGUUAAGACUCUUAUGCAGAAAUUUAUCUGAGUGUUUAGCAAAAUAGAUUUUUAAAUUAAUAACGUUUUUUCGUAUUUUAUUUAAAGAAAAGAGAAAAAUAUAUGUGAUAGAAAUUAAUUUUAUUACAUUGAGGGAUAAUACUUUUAAUUUAAUUACUGAAAGUCUAUUAUGCUGAAUGCUAUACUUGCAGAUAAAUAAUUAUAUACUAUUUACAAAUAAUAUAAUGUUAAUUACAAAAAUCGAGAACUCUGUGAUAAAUAACAUUUCGAAGGCUCAAACAUUUUCUUAUACAUAUGUAUAUUUUUAUUUCGAAGGUGGAUUCAUUUAAUUUAGUUUACAAAUUUCUGUUUAUUUUAAUUAGUCUUUUUUUAUUUCAAAUUAUUUUUGUUGUACGAGAGCAAAUUUUUCAUGAACAUUUUUUUUAUUAUAUAUUUUUAUUCCGAAGGUAUGUUUAAUUUAGUUUAUAAUUUUCUGUUUAUUUAAAUUAUUUCUGUUUAAUUACUUUUGUUGUACGAGAGCAAAUUUUUCAUUAAUAUUCAUGUGUACGUGAAUUUUUCUCGUGUAAGUUGUGAAUUUUUUAUUAUUAUUAUAAAGUAUGUUAGUUUUUUCUCCAUCUUGAUAAAGUAGAAAAGUUAAAAUUAUUUCGAAAUUUUACUAUUGCUGUAAGGUAUGUUGAUAUUAUUUCAAAUUAUUAUAAUGAAUAAUUGUAUUAUUUGGAAAUAAAGUGUUAAACACUAUAUAAAAAUUUAUUAUUUUGAAA